AUGGAAAAGUGGUUAAUGAUUUUGCUGUACAUCAUACACUUCGUAACAGCCGAAGAAACUUACCAAAACUCGUCUAACAUUUGUGCGCGAUGCAAAUGCAACAGCAAGGAAGAGUUUGUUCUGGACUGUUCAAAUCAAAACUUUGAGUACGUCUUGGCGAAUUGGCCUCCCCACAACCAGUCCCUUGUCGCUACUUUUAGCUAUAACAACAUCACAACUUUGGAACGACUUCCGGCCACGAAUCACACAGCUAAAUUGGUUUUUGAUCAUUGCCAUAUCAAGUAUUUGGAGGGCGGAGUGUUUUCUUUGAUCGAAAACGUCGAAUAUAUAGAUCUGAGUCACAAUCUAUUGACCACCGAAGAAAUCUCUGGAGACGACUUCAGAGGUCCCUACAGCAAUAAACAAUAUCGUCCGAUCGCAGUAAAAGCUUUGAAUUUAGCCUACAAUCAGAUCCACAGUCUACAUCCGAAGUUUUUCGAAAAUAUGCCUUCACUAGAAGAUCUCUACCUACAAGGCAACGAUUUCACCGUUUUGGAUCCAUCCACACAAGUUGCUUUAGGAUCUUUAACGAAUAUAAAGGUUCUAAAUUUAGCUGACAAUGAAUUGACAGUAAUAGAAGAAAACGUAAUGAGGAACGUACACAGCUUGCAAAACCUGGACUUAUCUUCUAAUCACUUUGAUUUUGUACCAAAACCAUUGAGUUAUAUCAGUAAAAAUCUGCAGAUCCUUAACUUGAGCAAUAACUACAUAUUCCAGCUGACCGAUGAAAGUUUCCUGGGAAUGAAUUUAUCCGAAUUGUACUUAAAUAACUUGCCCAGACUAAAAUUUGUCGGAGCUAACACUUUCGCAACUUUAAGAGGACUGAAAAAAUUACAUUUGCGUGACAAUCAACAAUUGGAAUUUAUCGAUAAAGAAGCUUUUGGGGAAAAUCAAAUUAUCGAUGAGUUAGACAUAAGCAACAAUUCCCUAGUUGAUUUAGAUCCGGGCUUGAUGAAGUGGUCCAAACUAAAGAUAUUCAAAGCAAACUUGAAUCCUUUGGUGUGCAGUUGCAGUUUGUACAAUAUAUCGCAAGAUCUUCCAAAAUCUAUAACCAGAAAUCGAAACGGCCCUAUGUGCAAAGAUGUAGGAAACGACGAUGUUAGUGAAAGAAUUUAUUCAUUAACGAGCGAUAUAUGUAACCCGGAACGACAAUCGCAUACGUCCAUAAUAACCCAACAUUUUAACAAAAUCCGAGUCGUAAUGAUAAUAUUAAGCUCAGCGAUCUUAGUGGUAACAGUAAUUGCAGCUGUAAUAGGUGUAUUGAGAUACAGAAAGUCAAUCGCGUUUAAAAACUACCCAUUUUCUGCUCAAGUAAGCUACUUUCCAGUGCAAACACAGCACAUAUAA